AUGUACUGCCUCACUGACCACUCGGCCGUCAGUGAGUCUCGGGUAGGCAAAGUCGUAGGCAAGCGAAGGAAGCGACCGGUCGAGGAAUCUAUCGGAUCUGUCCAUCUCCAGACGUGGGUUGUCAACACAACGGACUCUGUUCGAUCCAUUCCCUCGCCAGCCAACACACAGGGCUCCGAAGAGUCCAACAAACGACACUGCGAUCCGUUACUCGACUUUGACGGUACCACGGACUCAUUCGACGCGGUGGAAAUGGCCAACAAUCGAAGCUUCUCCAUGACAAGCGACCUCUCUUUCUUCCCGAACAGUGGACUCCCUACCCCAAUCCUCAGUCCUCCCCGGUUCACUCGGUACCUGUCGCCCUCUCAACCGCAAGCCCGAUCUCUGUCGACACAGGCUUCCGCUCCUGUGGACCCUGACAGACUUCAUCCGCCAAGCUAUACUAUGCCGCUUGCUCGCAGCCUUCAUGCUGCUGCAGACGAUGAGGAGACAGUCUGUAUCAAGUUAUUGGCACACUUGAAAAGACACGGGCGAGACGAAUCACAACCACGUGAGACACAGAUUGAACUAUUGAGAAAAUGCAAUGCAGCCGUGCGGAGAAUUUUGCGAAGUAAGGCCAUCCGUUCCGACUACAACUGUCAGCUGCUUCUUUCGAACAUUAUGAGCCAUCUCGCUCGGCUGUGUGAGCGGCUUUGCGACCAACCGAGACUGGACCCCAACGAGCCGAAAUACAUCGACUCCGAGUUCCUGCAGGACCAACUUUAUUUAGAAACGGCUCAUACCUUCUUUGAUAGUGCCCUUCAGCAGCAGCAGCAGCAGCAGCCGCCGCCGCCGCCGCCCCUCACCCCGCCUGACCACGAGAUGAUGGCGGCCUUGAUCAAGGAUGUGCUGUAUUGCACCUCCAGCGUGGGCGAUAUGCUGAAGAAGGAGCCCCUCGAGGGGUUCCAAAUGCUUGGGAGGCACGAAGCAUUCCAGAUCGAGUUAGAGCAGAGACUGAAGCGAGCAAUGGCUUUGGUGUCAUCUUCCGGCCGCGAUUAG